UGCGCGCGGCGAGGGCCUCUGGGAACCAGCGGCCCCGCCCAGUGCUGGAGUCCAGCGCGCAGAGUCGGAAGGUGCUGGCGGCGGGCUCGGUUUCCCAACUCCAGGUACGCAGGUUUCCCGCAGCUGGCUCUCGGCUUUUCUCUUUUCAGCCGCGGAGAGAGCUCAGGGCUGCAGAAUCGAACCUUGACAAUGGACCUGGUUGGUUUUGGUUAUGCAGCCCUGGUGACGUUCGGAAGCAUUUUGGGAUAUAAGCGGAGAGGUGGUGUUCCAUCUCUGAUUGGUGGUCUUUUUGUUGGAUUUCUGGCUGGCUAUGGAGCUUACCGGGUCUCCAAUGACAAGCGAGAUGUAAAAGUGUCGCUGUUUACAGCUUUCUUCCUGGCCACCAUAAUGGGGGUGAGGUUUAAGAGGUCCAAGAAAAUAAUGCCAGCUGGGCUGGUUGCAGGUUUAAGCCUCAUGAUGAUCCUGAGACUUGUCUUACUGCUGCUCUGAGGAUCCAGAGGAACUGAAAACUUAAGAUCAUGUCAUUCACUGUAACGGGCAGAGCCUACUCUUUGUAUUGAAAAGAUACAUUUCAAUAUGGAAUGUUCAGUAUGGUCUUAUCUUGUUAGAAACUGCAAAAGAAACUGUCACCUGUAAUACAGACAUGAGUUUGAGGGAUUUUUUUUUUAAAUAAAUAGUUCAACUGUUUUCUAAUUGUCAGGUACUGGUUUUGUUAAAGAUAUUUAAUACAUCAUGAUACACUCUUUCAUUCGCUAUGUCUAGUUUAUAUUAUAUAUAUGUGGUCUUUUUUGAUUGUUACAAAAUCAUGUCUGAAGUAAGUUUAAAUUAAACUACAACUUAUCAGAUGAUGGAACGCCCUAAGUGGGCUUCACAAAUGCUAAUGUAUCUAUUUGUCAUUUGUGUUUUAUUCAAAAUUAUAUUUUUUCCAUUUUAAUUGUAUUACUGCCAGUGGUUUUUUUCCUUUAAAAAAACUUAAAAAAAAUAAAAAG